CCUUACUUUAUCCUUAUGUAGGCCCGCGAACUAUGCCAAUGGAUUUCGAUGACACUAUGAAAAUGGUAACUAGUGAUAGCGUAAAUAGUAAUACUAGUUCAGAAUCUUCAGAAUCUGCAGAUUCUGCCAUUGUGGGAUCCACAUUAACCGAUAGGUCGGUGUAUAUAACCACAUGGAGGGAGUUCCUAAAGUACGAACUAAUUGAUCAAUUCUCACCAGUUUAUUUUGUGGGGUUCUUAGGAUGUGGAAUCACCGGCAAUAUACUUUACGAAUUCCCCUAUCCUGCCAAAUGGCUCCAAAUUUGUGGGAUUAUCAUGCACUGUCUCACAUUAGUGUUGUUUCUUGCAACUACAGCAUUAUUAGUGCUAAGUUGUUGGCACUACCCUGAGAGAAUCACCCGUUAUCAUUACGACCCCAGUGUAUCUAUAUUCAUGGGUGUAUAUUCCAUGGGGUUUACCACGAUUGUUAAUGGUGUGCACUAUUUACUCAAUGGUAAAUAUCCAAUUUUUGUGUGGGUACUAUGGUGGAUAGGUGUAUUCAUGGCAGUAUAUAAUGCCACUUUCAUAUUCUACUUUUCGUUCUUGUCCAAGUUGAACGAACACAAGUUGAAAGACAUGAAUUCUACGAUAUUCUUGCCGAUAGUGUGUCCUUGUGUGGUAUCAUCUUCAGGGAACUUGGUUGCCAUGACGUUAACCAACCCCAAUCACAGAGUAGUAACUUCAAUUGCAUCAUUCAUGUUACUUUGUGUUUCAUUAGUGCUUUACCAUGGCCUUGGUGCCAUAUAUAUGGCCAGGUUAGUACUUGUCAAGAUUCCUGACACGUACCAAAUAUUUACUAUGUUCUUGCCAAUUGGGUUCUUGGGUCAAAGCAGUUAUAGUAUAAUGUUAUUUGGAACAAACAUGUAUGACUUCAUCCCCGAUAAGACUCUCGCUAGUUCGUUGUUUUUUCCAUGCGCCUUGUUUGCCAUGUGUUUAUUGGCAGGUGGGUAUAUCUUUACAUUCCUUGCCAUAAUCUCUACUUUGUCCAAGAUCAAACCAUUUGCCAGGAACUUAAACCCCGAGAUUACCGGGUAUGGUUUGAUCAAAUGGAACAAAGGAUAUUGGACAAUGACUUUCCCCUUGGGUACUAUGUCUUUAGGUAAUAUAGAAAUCUCAAGAAGCAUAGGAUUGAUACCUGGUGGGUUUGAAUUGAAGUUCUUUAAGGUGUUUAGUUGUAUGUUUAGUGUGGCGGUGGUUAUUAUUUGUUUGAUUAAUUUGGUGGGAAUGGCUGAUCAUAUUUGGCGAACUGUUAGGAAAACACUCUACCAACAACAUCUGAGGGUAGUUAUUGAGGUGGAUAAAGUAUAGUAGUUUUAAUAAUUAAUAGAAUCCAUAAUUGCUG